AUGGCGAACACCCACAUAUGUUGUAAUAGAACCAGCGAAUCGCCGGCGGUAACGAAGAAGUUCCAGGUUCAUGGCCAUGGCUGCGCUGGUUCAAAAUGGCUAUUUUUAAGCCACUAUGGCGGAAGUAUUAUUUCAGAGCAAGCUAUUUUAACAGCGGGACACAGCGUUGACUUUCUAAGCAGUCCAUCUCAAUUGAACGUCGUGGUGGGAAGACACGUUAGAAAUAGCAACGACGGUGAACAGUUGAUUAAAGUCAAGCAAAUUGUGUUUCACAAUGACUAUCAUCCAUUAUUUCUUCGAAACGGUAUUGCAAUUUUAAUAUUAAGUGAGCCAAUCACAUAUAUAUCAACCAUUCGACCAAUCUGUUACUCUGAUUCAAACAUAACAACUUCUGAUAUUGAUAAUGGGAUCCAAUGCAUUGCUAAUGGAUAG